UUUAAAAGGAGGGAGAGAGAGCCACUUCAGCCGUACUACAACAUCAUCAUCAAAACAAAACCCUCUUCCCCACUUUCACUGUCCAUAUCCCCAAUCUCUCUAUCCCUCUGGGUGUACUUUUCCUCUUCUUGCCCCUCUCUCUGAAUGAGCAACAACAACACCAACAACUUCAACAUGGCAGAUCUCACUUCAGCUCUCAACGAAGAGAAUCAAGCUGACCUAGUCAAUGCACUCAAGAGCAAGAUACAGAGUCUGGCUGGGAUUUACUCUGAUGUUCUGGAGAGUCUUGAACCUAAUGUCAGGAAGAGAGUUGAAGUUCUCAGGGAGAUUCAGGGGCAACAUGAUGAAUUUGAGGCGAAGUUUUUAGAGGAGAGAGCAGCUCUUGAAGCCAAAUACCAAAGCUUGUAUCAACCGUUGUACACAAAGCGCUUUGAAAUAGUGAAUGGUGUUACUGAAGUGGAGGGGGGAGCAGAUGAACCGGCAGCUAAAGAGAAAGGAGUGCCUUCUUUUUGGCUCAAUGCAAUGAAUAAUAAUGAUGUUUUAACUGAAGAGAUUUCUGAGCAUGAUGAAGGUGCUCUCAAGUUUCUUAAAGAUAUCAAGUGGAGCAGGAUAGAUGACCCUAAAGGAUUCAAACUUGAGUUUUUCUUUGAUUCCAAUCCGUACUUUUCAAACUCUGUCUUGACUAAAACAUAUCAUAUGAUUGAUGAGGAUGAACCUAUAUUGGAGAAAGCAAUUGGGACGGAAAUUGAAUGGUACCCUGGAAAAAAUUUGACCGAGAAGGUUCUGAAGAAAAAGCCUAAGAAGGGUGCUAAGAAUGCUAAACCAAUUACCAAAACUGAAAAAUGUGAAAGUUUCUUCAAUUUUUUCAGUCCACCUGAAGUCCCUGAUGAUGAUGAUGACAUUGAUGCAGAUAUGGCUGAGGAGCUUCAGAAUCAGAUGGAACAAGAUUAUGACAUUGGGUCCACAAUAAGAGACAAGAUUGUCCCCCAUGCUGUAUCAUGGUUUACUGGGGAGGCCCUUCAGGGAGAUGAGUUUGAAGAUCUCGAGGAUGAAGAAGAUGACGAUGAAGAUGACGAAGAGGAUGAUGAUGAAGAUGAUGAUGACGAUGAUGAAGAUGAGGAAGAGCUUAAGACUAAAAAGAAGCCAUCCCCAAACAAGAAGGGUGGAAAAGCACAGCUUGGCGAUGGUGGUGAGCGGCCUCCAGAGUGCAAGCAGCAGUAGAUGUUUGUCACUUCAGUUCGCUAUGGAGUUGACAGUUGCUUUGGGGUGCCAAGAUGCAUGAUGAAAAAGUUGGGUUUCAAUUUGAUGCUGUUUUUCAUGGUCCUUGAUUAAUUUUCCUCCCUAGAUCAGUAGAUCCUAUAGUCUAAAUUAUUCAGUCCCUUUUCUAUCCAUUUGGAGAAUAUGGUUAUAUAGUUUUAGGGGUGCUGUUUUUUUAUUACUGCUGGAAUUUAUAUGUCCGAUCCAGUUACUUCAAAAUACAUAGUUUGUGCUUCAUCAAAAUCAAUUUUGCCCGUUAAAUGGGAUCAGUAUUGCAGCGAAGGUACUUGAUUUUGCA